CUCGCGAGAGGUUGUGUACGGUGAGCGCAUUUCUCUCUCUCUGAAUUCAUUCAUCUCGCAGCAUUGUAGAGUAAUCGCUCAUGAAUGAAAUUGGAUUUGAAUGAACAACCGAGAUUUAGAUAGCUUUGGAGUGUUCUCUAAUUUCUGUCGUCUGCAGCAUAAAUGGAAUUUUAGUAUAUACUGUGGAGUUUCUCUUUUCUUUAUAGUGAUGAUAUAUACAGCAAAACAGAAUAAAACGUUGGAAGUAUGCAUUUGAAAGUCGUUUUCUCGUUUAUUUAAUUUGAGAGGUGUAGUAUUUUGCCUUUAAAACUACUCUAAUUGCUGUCACCAUUUCGAAGUACUUCUUAAGAAGAUGUAUGCGAUGGAUACUGUAUUACGUCAAACUUAGUCGUUUUGCGGAGGGAAAAAAUACUACAUAGAAUGUUGAUAUUUUAUACACUGCAUAAUUUUAUUAGAAGUUGUGCUCUUAAAAUAUAAUAUUGCUCCAGUUCCUUGCGUCUUGAAAGAAUGAAAAGUUUAUUGUGAUUGAAAUCAUAUUUACCUUUUAAUGAAUACUGGAAAAAAUACAGCAGUAAAUUAACUAUUGGAUACGUUUUUACAUUCACGAAUCGGGAAGUAACAUCUCGGGCGAAAUUAAGGAGUAAAAAAUUUUGAAUGUCUCUUAAGUGACUGUCUUACAAAUGUACAGGUAUGGAUUACUAUGAUCUGUUGCGUGAUCUUAGCAAAAUUAUCUACGCGGUGAAUUUGAGAGCUAAAAGUGAUUUCAUAGAACUCCUGACAUCCUAAAACAUGCGGCUGCAAAAAUGGGAUUAAUAAUUGGUUAUUUUAAAAAAGUGCUGCAAAAUGCGUGGAAUUCAUGAUUUCCUUGUCUUCAUCUUCUGUGACUGAAUAUGUGUAUUAAUUAAUUUAUGCGAAUUAUGAACCAAGAAACAUCGUAAGAAAACGCUCUUGUCGCGUGUCUGUUAUGAAAAGUCGUCGUUUGAUAGCACAUACGUUUGAAAAAUUAUCGUAUAACUUUUAGCCACCCGGUAAUUCAAGUUAUUAAAUACAUUGCCAUUUAAGACAAAAACAUUGUUAAAUAUUGUGUUUUUAUUCAGAGAGGUAGCAAAUCUGCAAAUUUCCCAACCAUUGGUGAUUGUUUCUUAGCACCUUUAUUCUAACCGAUAAAUUUUGUGUGUCUUGUCAGAAACUACUCGUUGUGAAGGAAGCGUCACGGGUUGAGAAGAUGUUCAUGUUUCUUGUCGUGCAAUGCAGUGCGCUGAGAAUCUCAUUGUUGGUGCUUCAGUUUUUGGCGACACUAAUUCUGUGGAAUGGCCGUUUUGCGUCUGGAUCACGCAACUGGAUGAGGCCAUCCCCUUCGCAGGACUUGCCCGUUUUGGACCUGAUUGAGCCGAAAGACAAGAGGUACGACCCCAAGCCCGAAGAUCUCAACCCUCGGAAGUUGAGAGAUCUAAUGGGGAGGGACUUCGACAAACAGUUUCUGAGCGAGACCAGGCCGAUGGCCAGCAUCUUACAUCCCAAUGGAACUGUUGAGUUGAGCUUCAAGCGCACUAGAAAAGGGAAAGUGGUGCCUACAUCCAAGAUGCCAAAAGAAAUUCGCCACCUCAGGCUUCACGCGCUAAAACUGCCGGAUGGUAGUCGCUUCCGGAUGAAGGUUGGCAAAAAAAUGAGGCGCAAGUUCAAGCAACUCCUUUGGGCCUACACCUACUGCCCCGUAGCUUACAGGUGGAAGGAUCUCGGUCUGAGGUUCUGGCCCAGAUGGAUCAAAGAAGGGUCUUGUCUGACUCUCGGUUCAUGUUCCUUCCCGAGCGGCAUGUCCUGCAAGCCGCAUCGCUUCGUCAGAAAGAUGGUCCUGAGAUGGCAUUGCCAAGAUUGGUCCAAGAAGAGGUUGUGCAAAUGGUUAUCGGUCAGCAUCCCCAUCAUCACUGAAUGCAGCUGCAGCUGCUGAAAGUAGCUGACACUCGUAAUUACUGUUAACGGAUAGAUAGAAGAAUGAUGUGAUUUUCUUUUAAUUUGCCAUUUCCGAAAAGCGCAGAGGCGGUCAGUUUUCUCAGGAUCUUGAAGACGUCCGUGAAUCAAGCGGUCGUUCAUUUUAUCUAAGUCAAAAAUCGAACUGAAGGUUUUCUCAUCGCCGCCUACUGCUGCCUGACCUUUUUGGUUGUGUCCUCCAUAAUGUGUCGCCGUCUUGCGUGUAUUGUACAUCGUUAGUUGUUCCUUGAAAAUCCCAAAUAUCCUCUAGAGUGUGCCCCUUUUUUUCUUGUGUAUAUAGCGAGUGGACUUAAGAUUUCUAGGACGUUGUAAUUAGAGGUGUAUAAGUUUUUAAAUUAUGAUUAUUCAGUGACACAGUGACGAAACUGGAAGUUCGAUGUUAUUUUUGAACAUCUGUGAUAAACGUCAUUUUUAUAUAGGUAAUUAAUUAAUUAAUAUCGUAGCAUUUUUUUUUUUUUGAAAUUGUUUUCCUUUGUACGAAUAAAUUUCCUUUUUAAUGUAGUAAUUUAAUGAGUCUACAUUUGUGAUGAAUAAUGUUUAUACUAUAAAUAAAUUUGUCGUUAUAUGAUGCAAAAUGCUUGGGAAUGAAACAUGUAAUUAACUUUAAAAUAAUUUAAGUCAGUGAUUCUCACUUUUUUCUUGCACCCCUCUUUCAAAGGAAUGAUUUUUUCCAUCGAUACCCUUACGUUUUUCUCCAUAAUAUACAUUGUAUGCACAACAUAAUCAUAAUAUAAAUAAUUAAAAGGUAACAAUUAGAUGAAGAAUAUAAAACAAGUUCAUUUAUAGUUUAUGUCAUUCUAAAUGUUAACGAGAUCAUUUAUAGUUUAUUUAAUUUGAUAUUAUAUUAUAAUUAUACUGAUGUUUUAAUUCGAAAAUAGUUAUAAUUUAUUAAUUGUAUUUACUAGAAUGUUUUUAAAUUCUAUUGACAUUUUUACUAGCAGGUAAUUCUUUAGGAAGUUAUCUGUUACUCUGUUUUUUUUUUUUAAUUAAUAUUACUAUUAUUAUUAUUAUUCACGUGUUGAUUGAUGAAUGACAAAUGAUGAAGUAAGAAUUUAUAAUAAUAUUUAUAAUAUAGGACAAUAAUUUCAUUCCAAUGAAAAAUUCUUUUGAUGUUGAAGAAAGUUUAUAGUAUGAAAAAUUUCAUUUCGUAAAAUAUUGAGAAGUAAAAGUGGAAUAAAUUAUAAUUCUAAUCCAACGCAUUAUAAAGAGUAACUUAAUUCCUUAGUUAUGCCAAAAGAAUUUUAUCUCGGUUUAAAAUAUUUUAUUUGAGUGCAUUAUUAUUACUUGCAUGUUAAUUAAUAAGUAACGGAUGAUUAAAUAAUACUUUCACUUCAUUCUAAGUUUGACAAUUUCAUUCUUUUGAAAAAAAAAUUAUAAUUUAGAAAUUUCAUAUCAAAAUUUCCUUUUAUACUUUUUUUCUUUCAUUAAAUGUUAAUUUUGUAUAUUAAAAAAUAAAAACUAUAUGUUAAAAUUUCAUUUAGAAUAUACAGUGGCUAACAAAAGUGUUCGCACGCUUACGAGUUCCAGUGAAAUAUUCCUUUGUUCAUUAAUAAAAAUUAAUAUUUUAGAAUGAAAAAUUUUUAACAAUAUCUAUAUACCUGCAGCUUUCAAACAUCUCGGCAUACAGAUCAACCAAGAUCUUGGGAUUAAACUCCUAUUUUUUUUCUCCAAACAGUUAUCCGUCUACAGGAACUAAAAGUGUUAAAUUUACUUUCAUCUUUGCAAAUAAGACAUUCCAAUACGCUUUGAGCUUAUUUACCAUUAAUUUUGAGAAGAAAAGCCUAAGCUCUCUUUCGAGCAGAGCGUCUAUGUAAUCCAGCUGAUAUUAGCACUCGUCGAACAGUUUUAUGUGAAAUUGAAGUAGAAUACUUUUCAGUAAAUUCUGUAGAAAUCUUUGCAACGUGUAUUUUUUACAGAGUUUCGAACUAUAAAUCUCUGAUCGCGUUGAGUCAUGUCGAAUCCUCUUUGCCGGACAACCUCAUCUUACUUUAUUUUGGAUCCGAUUUUCUUCUUUCAUUUUAUCACAUACUGCGUCGUAGAAUGGGAUAAAUUUACUAAUUUAGCGAUAUCUCAAAUCGCUUUUCCAUGCUGAUGAUAAAAAAUGAUCAAUUUUCGAAUGCUGUUCGUUGCUUCCUUAUGACUACGAGACAUUUUUAAGCAUUUAAUAAAAUAUAACGAAGUAAGCAAGCAAAAAAUAAAGCCAAACAAUUUUUUUAACUCACUAAAAUGGGGGGGGGGUAGACGAUAAUUUUGUUAUGAAAUUUUACGAAAAUGUUCCAGUGUACGAUUACUUUUGUGGCGUUUUUUAUCUAUGUCUUCUUACAUUUUCAAUUUUAGAAAAAGAAAAUAAGUCAGUAUUAAAAAUUAAAAGUUUGGUUUUAUUUAAAAUCACAUGGAGAUGAUAUGAAAAAAUAUUGGGCUUUGUAUUCGAACUCAAUUCUGGCUUUACAGCUUUACAGCGCUUUUUCUGCAAAUUCUUAAAGUGUGCGAACACUUUUGUGAGACACUGUAUUUUUAAUAAUAAUAA